CUUAGAGCCCAACUUCCAUCUGAAGCAGCCCAAACCCAUAACUCUUUUAUACAUGGUUUAGGGUUUAAUUUACACUGCUAUUGCCUCUUCUCAUCACCAUAACAUUUCAAAACAACACCCUGACGUUGGAGUCCUCUGUUACUCAGCAAACAUGGGGAAGACACGUGGUAUGGGAGCUGGACGCAAGCUGAAGUCCCACCGCAGAAGGCAAAGGUGGGCUGACAAGUCCUACAAGAAGUCCCAUCUUGGGAAUGAAUGGAAGAAGCCAUUUGCUGGGUCAUCCCAUGCCAAAGGCAUUGUGCUUGAGAAGAUAGGUAUUGAAGCUAAGCAGCCGAAUUCUGCUAUUCGUAAAUGUGCUAGGGUUCAACUCAUCAAAAAUGGGAAGAAGAUUGCUGCCUUUGUUCCCAAUGAUGGUUGUUUGAACUACAUUGAAGAAAAUGAUGAGGUGUUGAUCGCUGGAUUUGGUCGUAAGGGACACGCCGUGGGAGAUAUUCCUGGUGUCAGGUUCAAGGUUGUGAAGGUUUCUGGUGUCUCUCUCCUUGCUCUCUUCAAGGAGAAGAAAGAGAAACCAAGAUCUUAAGUUGCCCUCUUUUUGCCAAAAUAUUUUCAAGCAUGUAACAGCCUAUUAGCUAUCUUGAGUUUGUGAACAACAGUUUUUGAUCUAGUUAUUGUACUGGAACUUUUGUUCAUCUGUGAAAUUCAUAUUUGUUACCUUGAA